UCGUCUAUGCCGCUGUUGAACCCUUACCUCCCGAAACCCCAAAUCCCCUUGGCGAACCUGAGAUUGGUUCUCUGCUCCGGACUCUGGACCGUCUCUUCCCGAAGGCAUCCCUGUUUCCCUAGCCAACUUUAAAAUAGCUUCCCUUUCUCUCCCCUGGUCUAGCCCAACACCCCGAUUCAUCGCUUCCGUCUCUCGUUCACUGAUCGCUUCAUCGAAAAUGGCUUUCAUUUGCUUUUAGGGUUCCUAAGAGCAACCCUCUUAUUUUCCGAACCCAGAAUUUACCAAAUCUUAAUCUAUUAUCCAAUUGCUCAAUAUGGCUAUCCGCGUCACCUUCACCUACUCCGGCUACGUUGCCCAGAACCUAGCCUCCAACGCCGGUUUCCGUCUCGGAUCCUGCUCUUCCCGAUCCGUCCACGAAUGCUGGCUCCGAUCCCGUUUCCUUUCCCCCAACAAAAAUCCGACAUCGAUCCUUCCCCUGCCCGUAACUACCACGCCGCCGAUCUCCGCACCGCGGUCGAGCAUGUACUCGACCCUCGCCGCAGAGAUCCUUAAAGAUGGUUGCAAUAACCCGAUUAUCGUUGGUUUGAUCUCGCUGAUGAAGUCAACUGCUUAUGGUUCUUGUUCCUCGGCUACUACAAUGGGACUUUGUGGAAUUUCUCCUUUUAAAGCCACUUCGAUCAUCUCUUUCUUGCAGGGAUCGAAGUGGCUGCUGUAUAAUGAACCGGCUUCGGGCGGACCGGAGAGUAGUGAGGUGGAUAGAGGAGGAACAAGUAAUGAGGAUCGAAGUUUGAGUUUGGAGUUGGAUCCCAAAGGGUUUGUUAAAAGCAGUUGGAUUUCGAGGUUGCUAAAUGUUUGCUCCGAAGAUGCCAAGGCUGCUUUGACUGCUGUAACUGUAAGUAUACUUUUCCGGUCGUUUAUGGCUGAGCCAAAGUCAAUUCCGUCAACUUCUAUGUACCCUACUUUGGAUGUUGGCGACCGCGUUUUGGCUGAGAAGGUUUCAUAUUUCUUUAGAAAGCCUGAAGUUUCUGAUAUUGUUAUAUUCAGGGCACCUCCUAUCUUGCAGGAAAUUGGUUUCAGUUCAGGUGAUGUGUUUAUAAAAAGAAUAGUGGCGAAGGCUGGAGACUGUGUUGAAGUUCGUGAUGGCAAGCUGUUCAUCAAUGGUGUUACUCAAGAUGAAGAUUUUGUUCUAGAGCCAUUAGCUUAUGAAAUGGAUCCAGUGGUUGUGCCCGAAGGUUAUGUUUUCGUAUUGGGAGAUAAUCGCAAUAACAGUUUUGAUUCCCAUAACUGGGGUCCACUUCCCAUCGAAAACAUUGUUGGUAGAUCUGUAUUUCGCUAUUGGCCUCCUUCCAAGGUUUCAGAUACUAUACAUGAUCCACAUGUGGGGAAGAUUGCUGUAGCAUUGAUCCGGUUCACAGUAAAGUCCCGGUUGCGCCGCGAAACAGCAACAACCGCCACGAUGAAGAGCAGCCGUUUCCUCUUGUCUCUCCUCUUCUUCCUUCUCUCUGAGAUCUUAUCCUUGUCUUUUAAUCCUCUCCAAUCAAACAACCCCCAAAUCUUGCAGGAUGUAUUGGAGAAGAUUGCUUUGAAGCAUAAAUGGGAGUUGGAAGGGCUUAACUUUUCGAAAUUGGAAGUGAGCAAGGCUAGGUUUGGGGCUGGCAAAAGAGACGAGUUUCGGAUCCGAUUUGGAAAGACUCAUCUGCUCUUCAAAUUCCCCGACGAAGUAUCUUCCCGGGGCACGUUCAGAAAAGGAAGUGGCGGCGAUUUCCUUGAUUUCGUCAAGGAAAUUAAUUCCACAGCGGUGCUCGAUUCCUUUAAAAUGGAAGGUCCCUUUGAGUUACGCCUCGCUCCCAAUCACAAAGCUUCCCUCCUUUUACCGCUGAACACAUCUCAUACAGAUCUGAAGCGGGUCCUUGUUGGUGAAGGCAUCACUGUUGAAGUAAGUGGAGCUCAAGAAAUCUCUCUUUUCCACACGUUUAGUUUUGGUUUGCCUGUGAAUGAAAGUGAAGUCGAGGAGAAAACUGGAUAUUGGUCCUUCCGGCAUUCGUUCUGCAUGCCAUUGCUUCCUGUGAAUGCUUUAGGGUCGGUAUCUCUUGUUGCCUACCGGACUCGAAACCCUGAUGCCCACAUCGAAGCUGUUUUCCCAUCCUUGGAUACUAUUGAGCUGCUACCCGAAAAGUGCUAUGGUGAUCGCGCUUACAUGAAACAGUCUUAUCCUAUGGAUUCAAUAAGUUUGAGGAUAUCCAAGCUACAAAAGGUCCUCAGGACCUUUUUAGGUGACAGAGACAAUGGAAAUGGUUUCUCCAGUUCUCUUAAUGUGAAAACUAAAGCGUCACCCAUUAUUCAUUUCCAGCUAGAGCUGGAGAAAAACAUUGGGAAGAAUGAGAGUGUUCGUGGUAUGUUAGCUGAAUGGAGGACGAAGCCAACUGUUGAACACCUUUGGUUUGAUGUAACGGCAAGGAUUGAAGCAGAGAAGUUGAAGCCCCUUAUGAUCAAGAAGGUCAGACCUUUUGUUGGUGUAGAUACAGUCUCAUGGAGUAAUUUGUUGUCAAACAUUUCUUUUACAAAGUUCCCAUCUAUUCUUGUCCCUCCUGAGGCUUUGACACUGGAUGUCAAAUGGUAGUGGAAAACCUCGUAAGAUGGUUUUAUUUCAGGUGAAGUUUACAGAUCAAUGCAAUGCGCCAUCAGUCAUCUUGUCCAUUCCUCGUGUGUAAGAUAUGCAUGUCAGUUACAUGGAAAGCAUCCUUGAUUGGUGUUGUAAAUUGUAAUUACAAAGAAAAAAGAAGGGAGUGGUGAAAGAACUUCCACUCAUUUGCAUUGCCUUUA